AUUCAAAAUUUGAAAAACAAAAAUCACAAUUUGCCUUUGGUUUGGUUUGUUGUUAUUUGACAUAUCUUUUUCUCAUUCUCUCUCUCUCACAUAGUCGCUGAGGCAAAUUAGGGGAUCGAAGAAGAAAGAAGAAGAAGAAAGAAGGGGCACAAAAAAGAAGAAAAAUGGAGGAGAAAUCGAGGAAGUGGUGGUGGUUGGAGAGUCACAAAAGCUCCAAACAGUCUCUAUGGCUUCAAUCAACACUCUCUGAGCUUGAUGGCAAGACAAAGUCAAUGCUGAUGCUCAUUGAAGGAAACGCUGAUGACUCUUUCGCCCAGCGUGCUGAGACUUACUACAAGAAACGCCCUGAGCUUAUCACCUUCGUCCAAGACUUUUAUCGAGCUCACCGUUCCUUAGCCGAGCGCUUCGAUCACUUGCUCCGCUCUUCUUCUUCUUCUUCUUCUUCCGACUACGCUUCUCGCUCCUCCCUUUCUGAAAGCAACUCUCACUUUGAAGAUGCCGAUUCUGAGAUUGAAGACCCUGAAGAUGGCGUUGGGGUUGAGCACCACAAGCAAGAAGACGACGACGAUGAUGAGACUUUGAAACUGGAACAAGAAAGGUUGAAGCUCAUCCAAGAGACUGAUGCUCUCAGGAAACAGCUGCUUGUCAAGGACGAAGAGAAGAGAGAGGUCAUCAGACAGCUUUCUCUUACCCUCGAGACGCUCAAAGACGACAACUUGAGGCUCAAGAGACGCCUUUCCAUCAAGAAACGCUGCAGCGUUUUUGAGUUCAAACCACUCGACAACUUGUUCGGGAAGCUGUUUUCCAUUAUCUGCGACUGCGAUGAUGGCACCACCAAAGGUCGUUUUUAGUUGGUUCAUCGACUACCUAUCAUGACACUCAUGACUCAUGAGCUUAGCUUCUUUUUGUGUUUUGAUUUCACUUGUCUAUUGUUUAAAUCCUAGGUUCUUUUCCUGCUGUAUUAUGGACCUAGACCAGAUCAUCGUAAUUAUCCUGUUCUCAUUUGUUGUUCAA